ACAAGAUAUGUAGCUAUAAUGUGAGGCCGUGGUACGUUUUGUAGAUGUACCAUAUUGCCCUCUGUGUCAACAACGUGCUGUGUAUGAAGAAUGUGGUGGAUCAUUUGAAGCGCUCGUCACUGACGAAUCAAAUACUAAGAGGAGAUAAAAAGAACAAUGUAUUCAUAUCUUACUCAUCUCAAAACAAAACAGACGAGGACAAUACAGGAAGUGACAAUGCAGACACGGACAUAUCAGGAAUUGAAAAUGCAGACACGGACAUAUCAGGAAUUGAAAAUGCAGACACGGACAUAUCAGGAAGUGACAAUACAGGUGUGAUCAGGUCAGGAAGUUACAAUACAGGCGUGGACAAUACAGGAAGUUACGAUACAGGCGUGGACAAUUCCGGAAGUUACGAUACAGGCGUGGACAAUACAGGAAGUUACGAUACAGGCGUGGACAAUACAGGCGUGGACAAUACAGGAAGUUACGAUACAGGCGUGGACAAGACAGAAAGCUACAAUACAGGCGUAGACAAUACAGGAAGUUACGAUACAGGCGUGGACAAUACAGGAAGCUACGAUACAGGCGUGGACAAUACAGAAAGAGACAAUACAGGCGUGGACAAGACAGGAAGUUACGAUACAGGCGUAGACAAUACAGGAAGUUACAAUACAGCCGAGAACAAUACAGGAACUUACAAUACAGGCGUGGACAAUACAGGAAGGGACAAUACAGGCGAGGACAAUACAGGAAGAGACAAUACAGGCGAGGACAAUACAGGCGAGGACAAUACAGGAAGAGACAAUACAGGCGAGGACAAUACAAAAAGGGACAAUACAGGAAGAGACAAUACAGGCGAGGACAAUACAGGCGAGGACAAUACAGGAAGUUACGAUACAGGAAGGGACAAUACAGUAGUCACUCUUGUCACUCUAUACGAAGAAGUCGUUAAGGAAUUGGAAUGCCUCUCAAUGAGCCAGGAAAAUGAGAACCCAAACAUUGUUCGUCUCCAGGAAAUGGUGGAUGAAAUCUUCAGAGAGAAAGGGAAAGAUUCAACGUUCAUAGUUUUCGUAGAAACAAGAGAUUCUGCCAAGGACGUAUCUGAGUACCUAAACGAGAAAUCUGACUUUGCUAAAUGUUGGCAUCUGAUAAGCUCACGGUCCACGGCAGAAGAGGACCAAAGACAAUCUCUUGCCAAUCGUACACGUGUGGUCCAGCGACUCCGAGAGAAAGAGUUAAACGGACUAGUGGCGACACCUGUGGCCGAGGAGGGGUUGGAUAUACCUUCAUGUAACUUUGUCAUUCGCUACAACAAGUCCAGCAACGAGAUAUCAACCAUACAGACCGCAGGACGUAGUAGAGCAAUGCAGGGCACUGUCAUAGACUUUGCUGAUCAACAGAAGCACAGACAGGAGGAGGUGAACGUGAUGAGAUUGACAUUAAUGAAUCAGGCCUUGGAGAACAUUCUAAGCAAGCCUAUCGACGAGAUCAUGCGGACGGUCGCUCAGCGCAUGCGCUCACUCACCAUCGCAGAGGCUGAAGAGGAGCGCAACCGACAGACGCAGUUGGCGGCUAAAACGCAGAGCAACUUCACGCUGCGAUGCUGGGAGUGUCAGGUUGUCGCUGUGUCUAGCUGUGAUAUUAGAUGCUUCAUAAAAUCCCAAUACAUAGUCGUAGGUAGAGAAUUUUACAACAAAGUCAAAUGCCGGCGUAACAAAAAAGUCUGUAAGUAUGGAGGCAUGACUAAAAAAUACAAAAUAGACUGUAAAAACUGUGGAUGUGACUGGGGAGUGGGGGCUUGUAAUGAUAACAAUGUGUUUUUUGCAGUGUUGAAGAUAAAACAGUUUAUUGCGAGGGAUGAUGACACAGGCAUCGAGUACAUUCGCGAGAACUGGACAAAACUACCCUUUACGGUACAGACCAUGGCUGCGGAGGACUUCUCCUCUCUCGCUGGAGUAGAAGAACUGAUUGAACACGUCCAGGACAGCUAGUGGGACACUUACAAGAGGGUACAUUAUAGAACAUGUCCCUGACUGCUCGUCCUAUACUUCAGUAUUGUGUGGCAGGAAUGUACACCAUAGCAUCGACACUGUGAACUCAGUAUUGUGUGGCAGGAAUGUACACCAUAGCAUCGACACUGUGAACUCAGUAUUGUGUGGCAGGAAUGUACACCAUAGCAUCGACACUGUGAACUCAGUAUUGUGUGGCAGGAAUGUACACCAUAGCAUCGACACUGUGAACUCAGUAUUGUGUGGCAGGAAUGUACACCAUAGCAUCGACACUGUGAACUCAGUAUUGUGUG